AUGAAGGGCUCUGUUAUCGCCGCCGCGGCUUUCGCCGGCUCUGUCCUCGCUGAGGGCAACCUGCACCGUCGCCAUGAGGCUAUCCACCAGAAGCGUGCUGUUGCCGCCUCUGGUUCCGCCUCUGCCUCUGCUUCUGCUUCUCCUACCUCCUCCGUGCCAUUGAGCCCUCCUGAUGAGACCUGCGGUUGCACCACCAAGGUCAUCACCCUCUGGGGCUCCCCUACCCUGGUCCCUAUUCCUCAGACCAGCACUGUGGAGUCCACCAGCACCUUGACCAGCACUGUCCACUCCACCAGCACCAAGACUGCUACCGUCACCGUGACUCCCUCCGUGGCUCCCACUUCCUCGGUGGCUCCCGCUUCCUCGGCUGCUCCUUCGACCUCCACCGUCAUUGUUAGCCUGCCCACCAACGGCGUUACCAGCUACUCCACUACUGGUACCUACACCGUCCCGGCCACCACCAUGACCGUCACCGACACCACCACUGUCUGCGGUGCUACCACCACCGCUGCUACCAGCGGUACUCACACCAUUGGCGAAGUCACCACUGUUGUCUCCACCGAGACCACUGUGACUUGCCCUUACGCCACUGUCAAGCCCAGCGGUACCACCGUGACCAGCGUCAUUGAGUACACCACCUACACUUGCCCCGCUGCUGGUACCUACACCGUCGUCCCCGGUACCACCACUGUCGUUCCCAGCGACACCACCAUUGUGUACCCUACUCCCUCGACCAUCGCCCCCGGUACCUACACCAAGCCUGAGACCACUCUGACCGUCACCGAGACCGACACCACCUACUACUGCCCCUUCGCCUCCAGCACUGGUCUUGCCAGCACCACCGCUGCUGCUCCUACCACUGUCGCUCCCGCCCCUGCCAGCACCACCGCUGCCGUUGUUGCUUCCAGCACCAGCUCUGCUGCCCAGUCUACCGGUACCUCCAGCUCCGGUCUGACCGGCUCCGGCAAGUAUGGAAUGACCUUCUCUCCUUACACCGACUCCGGUAACUGCAUGACCCAGUCCGAGGUUACCAAGAACAUCAAGAUCAUCUCCGAGAAGGGCUUCGACCUCGUCCGUGUCUACUCCACUGACUGCAACGGUCUCGAGUACAUUGGCAACGCCUGCAAGGAGAUGGGUAUGAGCAUGAUCCUCGGUGUCUACAUCGAGAGCACCGGUACCUCCGGUGCUCAGGAGCAGGUUGAUGCCAUCAACAAGUGGGCUCAGUGGGACAUGGUUAAGUUGAUCGUCGUCGGUAACGAGGCCGUUUCCAGCGGUUACGUCACCGCUGCCCAGCUCGCCAGCUUCAUCAGCUCUUCCAAGUCCAGCUUCAAGUCCGCCGGCUACACUGGCCAGGUUACCACCACCGAGCCCAUUGACAUCUGGCAGCAGUAUGGUUCUUCCACCCUGUGCUCCCCCGUUGACAUUGUCGGUGCCAACAUCCACCCCUUCUUCAACGCCGACACCACCGCCGCACAGGCUGGUGAGUUCGCCCUGAGCGAGUACAAGAUCCUCGAGAAGAUCUGCAACCUUGACGUCCUCAACCUGGAGACUGGUUGGCCCAACGCUGGUGACGCCAACGGCGCCGCCGUCCCUGGUGUCUCUGAGCAGGAGACUGCCAUCAAGGGUAUUGCCGAGGCUAUCGGUAGCAAGUCCAUCUUCUUCUCUUACGCUGAUGAUGCCUGGAAGGCCCCUGGUGAGUUCCAGGUUGAGAACCACUGGGGCUGCAAGUCCGUCUUCUAA